CCGCGCAAGAUGGAACGGCUAUGUUCAGUCUGCAGCGUUCUGGCUUUCGCCGGGGUUUUAAUAUUGCGAGUGGCUGCAGAACCAGGUGUAAACAUUACUGGAAAUGAAGGGCCAAUCAUAAAAGAUCUACCACAUCAAUUUACUUGCACUGCUGUAGCUAUCAAUGCUGCCAGGAUAGAAUGGCGAUACAGUUUUUUCGGAUUUUAUCUCUUGCUAGAUUCGGCUAGCAAUGUUAAUGAACUCUCCCUGGAGCACAAUCCAACCAGUGCUGGUUCUUUCACAUUCUGCUGUGUUGUUAUCAGCAACACAGGAGAAAGGUAUGAGGUGCAAGUGCCUUUUGUUGUAGAAGAAUUGCGUGUUGAAGUAAAUCUGACAAGCUCGCCAAGUGUUCCUGGAGUCGCUGGAGGAGUGAUGGUGCUAACAUGCAUUUCUACAAGCAACGUACUUCCCCAGCUUGGAUGGGAAGGUCCUAAUGGUCCAGUUAGCAGUGGGAAUGGAAUUACUGUUCAUGAAGAGCAAGAAAAUGAGCGUACCAUGACAAGUUAUCUGAUAUUCUCUCCACUUCAAACAUCUCAAGCUGGAUCUUACACAUGCAUAUCUAAUGUGGAAAAUGGCUUCAGAGUCAAGAAAUCUACUCUCCCUGUUCACAUACAAAUUCCAGAGCCUGUUCUUCAUGUAGUACAUGAAAAUAUUCCAAUCACAUCACAAGGUAACUUCAGACUCUCCUACGUGAUUGAAGUGGACACUUCAGUUGUGGACACUCCUGUUAUUGUUGAAGCUACUUGGAGUGGUAAUCCUUCACUGUCUGACUCUCCACGUGUCUCAGUAACACCACCAACUACGGUACCGUACACAACUUCAAUUACAUUCACUUCCCUUGUCUCAAGUGACUUUGGAGAAUAUCAAAUAGCAGUAGUUGUAUGUCCAGAAUCAGGAAAUGACGUCUACAGAAGUCCAGAGUUGCUCUACAUAUUCAAUUUUUCUGCAAAGCUGCUCCAGAUGGUGACUGAUGCACAAGCCAUGACUAACAAUGAAACUGGUAGCGUUGCUCAGAAGGCAAUGGUGGAUGUGAACACUUGUGUGAGGACACAGAAGACGGAGCAGAGUGCUACUGCCUACCAGGGUAUCACACGGAAGACAAGACAUGCACAGGUUGAUCAGGAAGUCAGAGCUGAAUGUGUGGGCAAUAUAGACGAAUGUGGAACGGAGAAUGGGGGAUGUUUGCAUGCAUGCAUUAACACUGCUGGUUCAUACCACUGUCAGUGUCAAGUGGGGUUUGUACUAGCUGACGACGAACAAACCUGUUCAGAUGUGAACGAAUGUGCUGAAGGAAUGCACAACUGUGAGCAGAUAUGUGUUAACACACCUGGGUCUUUUUUCUGCACCUGUUCGGAAGGAUACACUUUAGCAGAUAAUGAAGAGUGCUGCACUGGUGAACUUCCAAAUGCAGAUGUAAAUGAGUGUACCACUGGAAUACAUAACUGUGCUCAAAUAUGCUUGAAUGAAGAUGGAUACUUUUCGUGCUCUUGUGAGAGUGGCUUUACACUUGCUUCAGAUGGGAAGACUUGCAAUGAUGUGAUAGAAUGCUCAAUAAACAAUGGAGGCUGUCAGCACACGUGCAUCAACACUCCUGGGUCUUACAGUUGUGCCUGUAGGACUGGUUACACACUGUCGGAGAAUCAGAUGGUUUGUGAAGAUAUCGAUGAGUGUGCAAUGGGUGCUGAUGAUUGUGACCAAGAAUGUACAAACAAUGAGAGCUCUUUCACCUGCUCGUGUGCAAGUGGUUACACACUUGCUGAAGAUGGAAAGACGUGCAUUUGUAAGCUAGUACACAAGAGUCUGUAUGCUUACCAUGUACUGGGUCUUGUGUAA